AGCACAUCAGGUUUUUUCUCUCGCAACACUCGAAGCGAACGGACGUGCUGGGUUGGUGCGUCCGCGAGUGUGUUUCAAAAAAGGUGGUUCUUGUAUUAAACUCUACGUAAUGCAAGCGCGCAGACAAUAAAAGAAAAAAAAUCAAUUCACUGUUCAAUCACAAAGUAAUAAAAUAAUAAUUUGCUGCAAAACGCAAAUUUUCGGCAAACGUUUUCCGGGUCGCAUUUGUCAAUUUUGCCAAGUAUGUGUGUGUAGCCGUGUUUUGGAGUGAAACUAUCUAGAACGUCCGGAAGGGUUGCAAAAGAUCGGCAGUGAACCUUCUGCCGAAGUAAUCGUGUGCGUGUGUGUGCCCGCAAGGUGGUGUUGUGCGUGGCAAGCAGUCUUGCAGUAGAAAAAUUACGUUUUUGUGGGUUUGGUGAGAAAUUAAAUAAGUCAAGUGCACAAAAAAAGUAUAUAAAUAAAGCCAAAAGCAGCUAUUAAUCUCCCUGGAAUGGAAUACGGCUAGUGUAGUUGGCUCAGUGCGUGUUUCCGUAAGAAGUGUGGUGGAAAAGUUAAUGAGAUAAAUUGAAGAAAAAGCAAAAAAAAGUUCAAUUAAGUUAUCAUUAAAUGUCUCAUUUGUGAGUUGUCUCGUCUCGCGUGGUUAAUGAAUUCACACCGUCGUCGAUCCGAUCGUCUCGUCGGUGUCGCCGGAUAGUGAAGGAAUAGGGUUGUGCCGGGGGUUGGUGGUAGUGGCGGUGCGUAAUCCGCAGUUCUGCAAAUCCUGGUAUUGCUUUUCCCAUUAGUUUGGAAAGUCUGCCGUGCGGCGUUGAGUAUCAUUCCUUCUCAUCUCGCUCUCACUCACCGUCGUGAAAGCCGGCUGUCAAAACCGUGAAUUGGUCAGCAUACAAAAAAUUGAUCGCGUUUUAAGUAAAGUGAAAAAAAAAACACGAAUCUGCCCCUCGUCGUUGCUCGACCCCGUAUGCUCGCGCGCGUAUUAAAGGCCGGUUUUUUGUUUUUGCUGUAAAAAUGUAAAUGGAGAAACUCGCUCACGGUUCACGCUUCUCAUCACGCAGCAAAAAAAUCGCGCUCACUACCGCGAGAUUCUCUCACCGAAAGCGACGACGAAUUACAGUUGGUUUAUUUUUUCCCCGUUUUUGUUGGCAAUAAAUUUGUGCGUUUUCUGUGGCAGAAAAAAACUCACUAGCGGAAGAAGGCCUAAAGAAGCAAGAAAGAGAAGAAAAAAGCAACAUCAUCAUCAUCGGCAACAAACAAAACGCGUCCAGCUAGCGCUCGCUGUCCCUCUCACUCUCUGACAGUAGCAGCAGCAACAACAACAGCGUUCGUUCGGUCAGGUGGAAAUAACAUCAUCAAUAUUGAAACCGUGGUGCAAUCGUCAAUACGACGAAUAACAACAGCAGCAGCAACAACAUCGGGAAGCAAACGCAAUCCCAGCAUCAUCAGACGGCCCGAUUAUGGAUAUCAGGGUCGUUGGUGGACCCUGCGGCUACCAUGGCUCGUACACCUUUUUCAAGGGCCUCAAAAUUACGUUCGGCACCAAAGGAACGCUCGAAUCGGGCAGCAAUUCCUCGUCGUCCGCCUCAUCCGUAGCCAGCCUACCAGUGUCCUCCGCUGCACCGGGCAACGGAAGUGUUGGUGGCCCAUCACCGCCCAGCACUGCCAACACUACCUCCACCGACAACGGCAGUAACAGUAAUGGCCACGAUCGGCGACGCCCUUCCGUCGACAUUCCCAGCGAAGUCGGUGGCACGACCACCACCACCACCACCACCGAUUCUCCUGAUUCCUCCUCCACACCAGCAACUACCAUCAAACGGCCAUCGACGGGUGGUGAGGAUGGCGAUACAGCGGCGGAGGAACAGGAUGAACGGAUGAAGGACCGCAAUGGCGGUCACACUGCCCAGUGCAAUCAAACCAAUGCCAACAGUAGUAGUGCGUCGUCGACGACCGGCGGCAGUAGUAGUGGAAAUAAUAAUGGUAGUAGCAACAGCAGUAAUAGUAAUAGCAAUAGCAAUAGUGAUAGUAACGGUAACAACGGUAGCUCUAGUGCCAACGGUGGCAGCAGUGCAAAGAGUCAAAAUGGCAACCAUGCGAAGCCAAAACAAACGCAACGAAAAUGUGUCAGCGAAAAUGGCGUCGGUGGUGCAGGUGGUGGUGUUGGCGGUAGUGUUGGUGGCAGUGUUGCCAGCAGCAACGGUACCAGCACCAGAGCCGGCAACAACAACAACCUCUGCCGAUUAACGUCGGUCGAUCGAGAACAACACUACCGACCGCUGGUGCUGGCGCUGGGCGACUGCAUUCCGGUCCGACCGUGGUCCGAUUCGCCGAUCGCCUGCCUCGCCGAGCUGCGGAUGGUCUGGCGGGAUCGGAACGAGCAGUGCCUGCUGAUAGCCCUCCGGCUGUACUUUCUGCCGGAAAACACACCGAUGGGCCGUAACUGUCACGGCGAGGACGAGGUGCUUGCGAUCUCGGACAAGGUGAUACUGCGGGCCGAGGAUCUCCUGAACUGGAUCGAUACCGAGCAGGAAUGGAGUUGGGGACUGCUAACGCUCUUCGACGAACACAGUGCCAAGGAUUGCCUGGGGAUGACGCGACAUCUCAGCAAGAACUCGUCGCUCGACUUUGGCGAUGUCGAUAAGGAGAAGCAUUCAGGUGAAAACAUUGUAUCCAAGGUGGCAGUCUUGAGCUUUUCACGAUACUGUCGCUAUCGGGCGCUACUGAAGCGUCUGGAAGGAGUUCAGGAUGCUUGGCUACGGAAUGCGCUGGUGGAAACGCUCGGAGGCUUUGUCGCACCCGUCCCCAACAUGCGGAUAAUGUUCUGCAAAGAAACGUUCGACUAUCCUGAGCUGGAGACGCACGAACUACUGUGCAAUCAUUUGGCGCCAAAGCUAAAGGGACGACCACGCGGCAAACGGAAGAAAACUCUCUCCGACUCAUCGCAGUACACGAAGAAGGAAGGCUGUUCGGACGAGAGCGAAUCGAACGAAUCGGACGUUUCGGACUAUUCCUACAGCAAGGUAUCUCCCGGCAAGAAGGUUAUCGAUCUCCAUCCUACCCCACGCUACAAUCCCCGACCUUCGCGAGGAUCGUCCCAAACGAAGCAGGAACCGAUCAGCGUGGUUAUAUCCGCCUCGGCAGGCACAGUCAAGCCAAGCACCGGGAACAACAACAACCACCUGUCCCAGCGCAAUCGAUCCAAAUCCACGUCCAAAACGAAAACACCCAAGAAGUCGAAAUCCUCGGCCACGAAAGCAGGUCGCAAGGCGGGCCGUGGAGGAGCCGGUGGCAAGAAAUCAUCCUCGUCGUCCUCCAACUCGUCGCUGGCAGCUGCUGGUGGUGGUGGAGAAUCGGAGGACGAUGAAGAGGAAGUGGAUGAGGAUGGAGAAGAUGGUGGGUCUUCUUCGGCGCGCGGUGCAUCGAAGGAUCGCGAUCGGGAGGAUGAUGCGGAUGAGGACGAGGAAGAGAUGGACUAUGAGGAGGAUGAGGAAGAGGAGGACGAUAAUCUGUUCCGGGUGAACGAGAGGAUGAGCUCGGCCGAGCGCGAGUUCUUGCAGCGGUUGCAGGAAUUCCUCGAUCCAAGGGCGCUUCAGUAUGCGGAUAGUCAGGCUUCUUCGUUGAAGAAUGUGAGUUUGUACGCGGUGUAUGCCAAGGUGCAGAAGAUCGGAGGCUACAGUGCGGUGACGGAUAAGGAGGUGUGGAACCAGUUGCUCCAAGGAACGGGUGCCGAAAAUGGAGUUCUCAGUCGACGGAAGUACGAGAAAAUUAUACUUCCGUUUGAGAAGCACUUACGCGAGCUGGCUGCCGAUCAGGAUACGGAUCUGAAGCGAGAAUCGACCCUGCUGUUGGUGGGAGACGAUGAGCUGGAAAAUAAGCUUCGGUUGCUGCGCGACGUGAAGUUGGAGAAGCGAGAUCCGGACAGCAAAUCACUUGCGCUGAUGGAAAACAAUGGAAACGCUGGGUUGGACUUUUCGGUUAAACGAGAGCUGGUGGAAAGGGAUGAACUGUAUGGGAAGAGCGGUCUUAAGGAGGACAGCAAUGGAUCCGGGGGAGGCAGUCCGAAUGGUGGCGUGCAUCUGGGAAUGUCCCCGGUAUCGGUUCCACUAACAGUUAUCGUUCGCCCCAAUCUGGAUGAAAAGGAUCAAAAGUCAUCUCAGAUACAGAUCAAGCAGCCGCACACGACGAUCACGGUACAUCAAACAACGAUCCAUCCGCACAAUGCCAAUCACCAUCACGCAAGCCAGCCAAAUAGCAAUCAUCAUCAGCAUGGGUCGUUGAGUGGACAGAGUCCGCAGCACAUCACGAACCAGAUACAGAUCACGAAUCAGAUCCAGAUCCAGCAGAUAACAGUGCAAUCGAAUGAUAAAAACGGAUCUGGCGGUGUGCCAGGAUCCGGUGCCGGAAGUCCGAAUGAAUCUGGGGGACAGUUCAAGUAUAGCUUCAAGCAGGACAAAUCGGGCCAGGAGCUUAACAUUGAGCCGGCUGCAACGACACCUAAAUCCGCUUCGACGACGAUCGCGUCAGGAGCAGGAUCACCGUCGGAAGGUGCAUCUUCACUGAGUCUGUUCCCGCUGAAUCGACAGGGCACGGAUCCGGAUCUAACGAUAAAGGAAGUUUCGGUGUGUCCAACCAGCGGAACGCUAUCGAUUACGUCCAGUGCUUGUGUGCCGACAACACCCUCGAAGACCAGUUCCCUGAGGCACGUCCGAAUGAAGAACGAUCGGAAGGGAAGUGGGUCUGGUGGAGGGAUGCUCAUGGACGCGGGCGGGUUUAUGGGUGCUAGUCAGAAGGAGAAUAUUCCACUGCUUGGCGGUGGAGUUGGAUCGGCGAGUCUGUUCGGUGGUCAAAGUCUAACCACAAUCACUCCGAUCCCGGCUAACAUGAUGAUGGCGGGAGCGUUCCUUGGAGGCGGAGCUGGUGCUCUCGCAGGUGGCGGACGAACAUCAAUGGAUAUGGAACACUCGGGUAAGCAGCAAUCAGCAACGCCAGCCGCAACGGAAGUAAUCGACCUUGUUGAUAGUGACAAUGAAUGCGAAAGUUCUCCAUCGGGUCCUGCAGGAUCGUCAUCCGCGAACCGUAAACAAGCAGGUCAAGCCAUGCGUCCGAUUCCCUCGCUAUUGCCACCGAUGAAGAAGCGCAAGUUGGAUAUUCUACGCGAAGGUGGCCUCGAAGUGACACCGAUUUCAAACGGAGCAAGUAUCUUCUCGAGUCUCGGUAAAAGCACGGGACCGCCCAAUCCGAUGCGUAUUAAUAUAACGGCUGAACUGAACACGACACCGCCACGGCCCGAGGCCUCAACGAAGCGUAACGAUCAGCAGCCGCGCAAAUGCAUUCCGACUCCACUCGAGUUCCAGACGCACUGUAUGUACACACGCACGGGGAAGAUUUUCGGCGAUCCGAAAGAGCUGGUUCGUCCGAGAGCACCCGUCCCGGCACCGGAUCUUCUCGAUCUAACAGGCCGCAUGGGCAUGAUGGCGGGCGUAGACAGUGUGGCGAAUCUUUCCAACAAAAGUCAACUACCCGGAAUGGAUUUCUCUUCUUCCGGUGGUAACAUGCGGCAGAAUAAUCGUACAGGACCUGCCUCUCGGACGGCUCCAAGCUUGCAGAUAACGCUCGUUCCCGGUCCGUCCACCAAUCACAGCUCUGGUGGUGCUCCAGGUCUUCCGCCAAUGAUGACGCCGCUCAAUAUUCCCGUUCCGGUGCCAAGUCAGCAGACGGCGGCAGCGUCGGCAUCGUCCGCGUCGUCCAAUUCGAUGAUGGGACACAAGAAAUCGAAAGCGUAUGAAAUUGUGCCAUUACGAGACGGUCCUGCAGCACCAAUGAAGGAGCCCAGUCCCAAGGUCACUAUUGGCCCGUCCUCAGCGUCCUCCUCCUCGUCCAGUUCCACCAACGGUACAACCAUUCCGCCGCCUCCACCUCCCUCGUCCUCCGCCGCUCAGCUGGGCCUGCUGGGUACGGGAGCAUCUCCAAACAGUCUGCUCGAAACGCUGGCCAACCUGCAGAAAGUGAACCCGGUCCUGAUGGCCAGCAUACUUUCCUCGUCCGGCAUCUCAAAGUCGUCCAUUCCGGGGCUGACGCAGCUGCUCGGCACGCUCGCCGAUCAAUCCCCACUCGCACCACCAACGACGAAGAAGACGCAGCGAAGACGAUCCAACUCACAGGCCGCGGCGGCAGCGGCAGCAGCAGCAGCAGCAGCAGCGGCCAGUUCUGUCCCAAAUGCGCCAUCACCAAGCAUUCCCGGCAGUUUACCCCCUUCGGGAGCACCUUCCGGUCCGCCGCCAAACAUUGUCUCCUCUAUGCCUCCAUUCCCGAUGCCACCGGGCAGCUUAGGAAUGGUUCCGCCCUCGGUGUUACAAUCAAACUCGCCCUCUCCGCAACAUCAUCCUCCGCAAGCCGAUUCACCCACCUCCGCCAACCAUCCCCUAAGCCAGCAGAUCAAGCUACUCCAACAAGUUCAGCUCCAGCAGCAGCAAAAGUUCUUCCAACAGAAAGCCUCCGAAGAACAGCAGAAGCUGCAAAUGUAUCAACAAUUUUCCCAGAAGCAGCAGCAGCAGCAGCAGCAGCAAUCCUCCCCAAGCCAAGGCUCACCCGUGUCCCCCGUGUCUACCGUCGGAGCAGGCUCCCCGUUGCCCGGGACUCCUCCGCUCGCAAUGCCACCCUCACCGGUCACCGUGCCCCGCAUUCCAGUCGUGCCACCGACACUCUCGGGACUUCCGCCUGGAGCCGGUGCCGCCUUUCCACCUCCGUUCGAUCCGAUCUAUCUGCAGCUGUACGCAAACCCGGGCCUCUACCUGCAGAGCCUGCCGCCGGAACAGUUGCUGCAGCUGUACAAAAACCUUCCGCAGGGCAUUCCAAUCACCAAGAGCUAGUCGUCGUUCUCCUCCACGUCGCCCAGGAGCAGCAGAAGUGGAAGCGGUAGCGAUCGUGCCGCCAGCCCCACGAUCCACGCCGCUGAACUGUUGUAAACGCUGUUGUGUUGCCCAUUUUGUGUUCCUUAGACAACUGUGUGCGUGUGUGUGUGUGUUUGUGCGUGCGUGUAUGUAUCUGUGGGUGUGUUGUGCGAGUCCUCUAUUAUUUGCUAGCUAUCCCCAUGGCAGGGGAUACAUCGUUCACAUUGAUUGUAUUAUAUUUUUCUUCCGUUUUUAAGUUUGCCACCCGAAAUGCUAGGGUCACGAGGGUACGUUUAUUUGUUAUUUAGAUAAAAUGUAGUAAGGAAAUGGUUAUUUUUUUGUUUUUGGAUAUCGGAUGACCCGGGAUGAGCUGUGUACAUUGCUUAAGAGCGUAACAGAGGUGUGAGGAUGUCACGUUUUGUAUGCACAGUGUAACGAAUCAAACUGGUAGCGAAGAAUAGUUGCAUAAAAACAGGCGCGUACAGUAGUGAAAUGUAACAGCUUGCGACACGAGACAGAAGCUCUGCUAGGGAUCGCCAAUUAGCAAUAGACCUUAAUGCAAAAUGUAACUACACUGAGAUGUGGUAAGCUUAAGUAGCUGAUGGACGUAAGAAAAUACAAACACGUGCGCGUGUGUGUGUGUGUGUGCGCCCACUCAAUACUAUUGAUACGAAAUUGAAACCGAAACCCCGUGUAAAAAACAACUGGUGAAGGCAGCUGGAAAAGAGAGAUUCAGAUAGGAAAGGAUACGAGUUCUUGGGCAGUUGCUGCAGUCCCGUUUGUCAUAUUGUACGAGCGGACGAUAUUAUACGAAUGCAAAACAGCCAUACUAAUCUAUGCAUACGAUACGAUACAUACAUACUACAUAGCGUGUAAUGUCUCUCUUUCUCUUCCCAUUACAAAAUGUACGUCACGUCAAGGUUAGGGACGAAGCAAGCGAACAGAAGCGAAGCGAAGGGCAAUGCUAAAGGUGUGUGGCGUACAAUAACACAAAUAUGCAACAUUAGAUAUUGUUAACGGAUUCGGUAGAGAGACAAGGGCAAGGGCCAACCGUUUGAUGUCUGGAAACACUGGAAUCAACCGUAGAGCGAUGGCGGAAGGGACAAACAAUAAAACAAAACCAGUAAUAAGCAA